AUGAACGCGUUGAACGCACAACAGAUGCGGGCGCUACAGGACUGCAACGGGAAAAUACGAUAUGAAGAGUUAUACGGCCUCCAUAGAUCCGACGUCGCUACUGCCAUCACGCCCUCCACUUCCGAUGAAACUUUUGAGCGGCGCUUUGCCAUGUGGGCAAUUGAGAAGGGUGUUUUAACAAUGGAUGCUGAGAAUAGAUACGGAUCACUUGAAGUCGGUAUACUCUGGCACAAGAAGAGGAUUGGUUGGGCUUUGAUUUAUUUGGGUCCAAAGUCAACGGUAUCGAUGGUCGACUGGGAAAGUAAGAGCCACAACGCUACUCUCGACGGUAGACAAGGUUCGGCACCAAGCAGCAUCGUCAAUAUUACCAACAAUGUUGGCGCUAUAGACGAGUCACGAGUGAAUGUAACCUGGGAACCAUUCGACGUGAAUUUUUCAAGCCUCUACGACGUCUUCAUCUUCAUCAUAAAGUCUCUGGGCAAUCUUGCCGCGCAUGUUACUUCCGAGCGCGUGGAGAAGUGGCAUGUUUGA